GGCAUUUGUCUUACCUGUAGGUACUUGUUCACGUAUCCAGUUACCUAUCCUUGACUAUAUAGGAGACUAUCACAAUACAGAUCCAACGAACAUAUACCGAUAAUCAACCCUUCAUAUCUACAAGUAUCUAUUUCAGUAUACCUCACUCAUCUUUUGAGACCAAGCUUUACACUCCAUAAUCUCCAAAAUGGUUAAUUCAGUAGAGCCUAGCCCUCUCCCCAAAAUCUCCCGACACAUCACCGACCAUGAUCGCGACGGAAAAGCCAUCAUAUCCUCUUCCCUCGCCGCAGAAUCUACCUGGACCUACACUAAAGGAGCUAAUUUCUUUCUGGGAUACUGCACAUCAGAAUUUCCGGUAGAAAUGAGUUCCAACAAAGACAUAUCAAGCUACACAGACUACCUAUCUUCUCCACCAGGUCUAGUCAUUCCAGGGGGCAACGUCCUCCGAGUUGUGGAUAUGGAGCCUGGACUCACGUCGCCGAUGCAUAGAACUACGAGCUUGGAUUAUGGAGUGGUUAUCGAGGGUGAAGUAGAGUUGAUUUUGGACGGGGGUGAAAAGAGGAUUAUGAAGAGAGGUGAUAUCUGUGUGCAGAGGGCUACGGCUCAUGCUUGGAGAAACUGUAGUGAGACAGAGUGGGCGAGGAUGCUGUAUGUUUUGACGGAGGCAAAGCCAGUUAUUGGGGAAGAUGGAAAGGAGAUGAAGGAGGAUUUGGGUGGAAUGGUUGGAGUGAGGAAGAGUGAGUAAGGAUGUGUGAAGAGAUAGCUAGAUCCAUGUCUGAAGGUUCUGCAAUAUGAACAUUCAUGUGUACUUAUAUCA